UAUUAUACGUCUACAUAAGAGACUGGUCCGAAUUCGUUGGCACGAAUCGCCAGAACAAAUGAGCCCGACAAGGAGGCGAUCACCUUAACAGAGUGCAUCCAAGAUUUCUAAGGUCGCAAAGACAAAGACGCCAUCGCAUUACUCGAUGGCGUCCAAGAGAGAUCGGUAGUCCGAUUGGCUGCAGCAUUGAGGCAAUUAAUUAUUUACAGUGCUAAUCCCUUACAGCUCCAAGAUGUUUUUCUUAACAGAAGGUAUUAUUAGUCGGAGAAUCGUUGGAUUUCAUCGGGUCAACGAAAGUUCGACAGGAGCGCCUUUUUACUACCGACUGUUUAUCGUUAGCGAUCACGUGAGACCGACACGGACGGACAAGUAGAGAUCUAGACAAUCUAAACACACGCACACACGUACACACGACGUGGCGCCAGAUCAAAGUAGCCGCGAUCCUGAUCGCUCCCGAGGCAAAGAGAGAUCCGCAAGAUUGCACGACCGAAAGACGGAAAAAGGGAGGAUCGAAGGAUCGAAGGAUCGAAGGAUCGAAGGAUCGAAGGAUCUGCAGUAAUAGAAAGAGCGAAAUGGAAACCGGCAAGGAUUUGGUAUGGCGGAGGAAGAGUGUCUUAGCUCCGUCCGAUUGAAGAGGUCGUUUCUUGCACCCAGUGUCCCCCACGAUCCACGAGUUUGCGUUCACGAAGCUACCGAUGAACGCCGGGGAGUUUGCGAACCUGCAGUGCAUUGUACCGACCGGGGACUUGCCCUUGAACAUACGCUGGAGUUAUCCCGGAGAAGAGAUGGGUGGCGCUUCCGGCGUUAUCACGAAGAAGGUCGCGGAUCGCGUUAGCAUGCUCAUGAUCUCCGUCAUCACCGCGAAACACGCGGGCGAGUACGUUUGCACGGCGCAGAACGCCGCGGGCACGGCGACGCACUCUACGUUCCUGACCGUAAACGGUUCGCGACAAUCUCUAAAACAGUUGGAGGAAGCACGGUUUAUAUCUCAUAGCUUGACUUUUUCUUAUUGCGAUCAGUCCAGGUUUCGAUUUGCACACGAUUCGAUUUUAAUUCCAACAAUCCGAUUUCAUCCCCUCCGUGUCUGUCAAUUGUCCUUUUUUCUGCACUUGAGAGGCACGAUGCCCUGGAAAUGGUAGUCGCGAUUAUAGAGCAUGG